AUGGAGCAAGUGGAACCAACUGGCCCAUCUUUGGGUAGAAGUCACACUCUCCAGUAUUACAAGGAGGAAAGAACAAGGCUAGGAAAUCAGCAAGCGUCGGAAAGUGAGAGGAAAAAUGACCCAGGGAAGAGGGGGAAUGAAGCUUCUGCCAGUGACCCGGAUGUCAAAGGCAGCUUCAAACAGAGCUCAAACCAUCAACGCCAAAUGGUGUGUGUAGGGGAGUAUAAGUGCUCAGAGUGUGGGAAAACCUUCAGCCGUAGCACCAACCUUCUGGUCCAUGAAAGAACCCACACAGGAGAGAAACCGUACGAGUGUUCCCACUGCAGGAGAACCUUCACCCACAGCUCGAACCUUCGGGCACACGAGCAAAUCCACGCGGGAGGCAAGCCGUACGCGUGCGCAGACUGCGGGCAGACCUUCUAUCACAGCUCAGGCCUUUCGGCGCACGAACGAAUUCACACCGGGGAGAACGUCCAUCGAUGCCCGCACUGCGAGAAAGUCUUCACGCGCCGCUCGGUCUUUAGGAAACACAUGAGGAUCCACACGGGAGAGAAACCUUUCAAGUGCCCAGACUGUGGGAAAAGUUUCUCUCAGAGGUGCAACCUUAGCAUCCACGAGAAGACCCACACGGGAGAGAGACCCUUUCGGUGUCGCGACUGCGGGAGAAGCUUCAGUCGGAAAUGCGAUCUCAUCGCGCACGGGAGGAUCCACACGGAGGAAGACCCGUAUAAGUGUUCCCACUGUGGGAAAAGCUUCUCCCAGAAGUCCAAUCUGGUGAUCCAUGAGAGGAUCCACACUGACGAGAACCCGUAUCCGUGCUCGCACUGUGGGAAGCGCUUCCGUCAGAAGGGAAACCUCAUGACACAUGUGAGGAUCCACACGGGAGAGAAGCCCUACCAGUGUACGGACUGCGGGAGGAGGUUCAGUCAGAAAGGCAGCUUGACAACGCACGAAAGGACCCACUCAAGGGAGAAAAGGUGGAAGCCGCCGGACGCAAGCCGGCAGAGGCAGACGGCGGAUGCAUCAUCCUUUGAGGAGGAGGCCUGCUCAUUUCACCGAGGAGCUCUGCUGGAUCUGGACGACGGGGAAGUCAUGUUGGAGAAUCAAGGAGACGUGGCCUCUCUGGGUGAUGUGCGGGAGAUGGCAAACGAAAAGGAAGCCCAUCAAGUGCUGGAGGAAAGUGAUAAGGGUCCAGAAAAUGGUGAGAAUCGAGAUGAAAUGGAGGAGCCAGAGGGAAAGCCAAGAAGUAAGGAGUGGGAUAAAUCCAGUGCUACUGUGGAUGAUAACUUCCCUGAAAUACCAGCCCUUCAAAAAAAACACCAGAGAAAGAGAAAUAAAGCAUGCCCUGAAUAUGGGGAAAGUUUGGUUCAUAAAUCAGCCCUUGAUAACCAUCAGAGAGCACACACAGGGGAGAAACCAUUUGAGUGUCUGGAAUGUGGAAAGUGCUUCAGUAACCGUGGGCACCUUACAUGCCAUCAAAGAAUUCACACAGGGGAGAAACCGUUUAAAUGUUUGGAGUGUGGAAAAAGCUUCAGUCGGACCACAAUCCUUAUGAGACACCAGAGAAUCCACACAGGGGAGAAACCAUUUGAAUGCUUGGAGCGUGGAAAGACCUUUAGAAAUAAUCCAGGCUUUACCAUCCACCGAAGAACUCACACAGGGAAGAACUCAUUUAAAUGCCUGGAGUGUGGAAGGAAUUUCAGUGGGAGCAGAGAACUUCGUUUGCAUCAAAGAAUCCACAUAAGGGAAAAACGAUUUGAAUGUCUGGAGUGUGGAAAGAGCUUCAGUCGGAGGGAUAGCCUUACCAUCCACCAAAAAAUUCACACAGGGGAAAACCAGUUUGAAUGUCUGCAGUGUGGAAAGAGCUUCAGUCGGAAGAAUAGCCUUACCAUCCACCAAAGAAUUCACACAGGAGAAAAACCAUACAAAUGUCUAGAGUGUGGGAAGAGCUUUAGUCAGAAUGGACAUCUUAUUUACCACCAGAGAAUCCAUAGAGGGGAGAAACCAUUUGAAUGUCUGGAGUGUGGAAAGACUUUUAGAGAUAGCGCAGGCCUCACCAGCCACCAAAAAACUCACACAGGGGAAAAACCAUUUGAAUGUCUGGAGUGUGGAAAGCCUUUUAGAGAUAACGCAGGCCUCACCAGCCACCAACAAACUCACACAGGGGAAAAACAAUUUGAAUGUCUGCAGUGUGGAAAGAGCUUCAUUCGGAAGAAUAGCCUUACCAUCCACCAAAGAAUUCACACAGGAGAAAAACCAUACAAAUGUCUAGAGUGUGGGAAGAGCUUUAGUCAGAAUGGACAACUUAUUUACCACAGGAGAAUCCAUACAGGGGAGAAACCAUUUGAAUGUCUGGAGUGUGGAAAAACUUUUAGAGAUAACGGAGGCCUCACCAACCACCAAAAAACUCACACAGGGGAAAAACAAUUUGAAUGUCUGGAGUGUGGAAAGAGCUUCAGUCGGAGGUAUAGCCUUAACAUCCACAAAAGAAUUCACACAGGAGAAAAACCAUACAAAUGUCUAGAGUGUGGGAAGAGCUUUAGUCAGAAUGGACAAUUUAUUUACCACCAGAGAAUCCAUACAGGGGAGAAACCAUUUGAAUGUCUGGAGUGUGGAAAGGCUUUUAGAGAUAACGCAGGUCUCACCUGCCACCAAAAAACUCACACACAGGAAAAACGAUUUGAAUGCCUGGAUUGUGAAAAGAGUUUCAGUCAUAGUGGAGACCUUCGUUUACAUAAAAGAAUCCACGCAAUGGAGAAACGGUUUAAAUGCCUUGAAUGUGGAAAGAGUUUUGGUAUGCGUGCUAACCUUAUCUCUCAUCAAAGAAUCCACACUGGUGAGAAACCAUAUAAAUGCUUGGAGUGUGGAAAGGAUUUCAGUAGGCAUCAUCACCUCAACUACCAUCAAAGAAUCCACACAGGGGAUAAGCCAUUUAAAUGCAUGGAAUGUGGAAAGAGCUUCCGUCAGAGUGGACAGCUUCGUAUUCACCUGAGAAUCCACACAGGGGAAAAGCCAUACAAAUGCCUGGUGUGUGGAAAGAGCUUCAGUGGCAGUGGAGAUCUUAGUAAACAUAACCGAAUCCACAGAGGAGAGAAAAUAUUUAAGUGUCUCGACUGUGGAAAGAGCUUCAGCCAGAGUGGAGCCCUGGCUGCACAUCAAAGAAUUCACACUGGGGAGAAACCAUUUGAAUGCCUGGACUGCGGAAAGAGCUUCAGCCAGAAACAAACCCUUACUGAACAUCACAAAAUUCAUACUGGAGAGAAAGCAUAUAAAUGUCUGGAGUGUGGAAAAAGUUUCGCUUGGAGCCAGCAACUUUUUCUACACCGAAGAAUCCACACAGGUGAGAAGCCAUUUAAAUGUUUGGAGUGUGGAAAGAGCUUUAGUCACAGUGGAGGCCUUAAAACACAUUACAGGAUUCACACAAGGGAAAAACCUUUUCAGUGUUUGGAGUGUGGGAAGACCUUUCGUCGGACUCAUCAUCUUACCUACCAUCAAAGAAUCCACUCAGGAGAGAAGCCAUUUAAAUGCCUGGAGUGUGGGAAAAAGUUCAGUUCAGGCCGUGACCUUACUGCACAUCACAGAACUCACACAGGAGAGAAACCAUUUAAAUGCCAGACGUGUGGAAAGAAUUUCAGUGAUAAAAGAAACCUUACUAAACAUCAAAGAAUGCACACAGGUGAGAAGCUAUUUAAAUGUCUGGAGUGUGGAAAGAGCUUCAGUCAGAAAGCAGGCCUUACUAAACAUUGUAGAGCCCACACAGAGUAGAAACCGUUUCAAUGUCUGGAGUGUGGAAAGGGUUUCAAGAAGAGCAUUCAGCUUACUUCAUAUUAAAGAAGCCACGCUGGACAAAU